GUCGGUGAAUUCAACGUCAAGUGCACGGUCCCUCGACACGCUCCCAAUUGAUCCGAGCUUCAACCGGCGCGAAUCCCUUCACGACCAGAAACCUCUGUACUAGCUCUCCAUCCCAACUAAAGAUCCAGCCAAACGCCCAACAGAGCCCUGCUCAAACGAAUCCUCGCCGUCUCUGUGCCUCGAAACGAUACCCAUCGGCUUAAGCAUCCGAACCACAUACUUCAAAAUGUGCUCAGCAGUCAGGAGCGCCGCCCUCGCCCGGCCCCAGCUCACCUCCCUCCUUACCUCGAGAACACCCGCCUUCCUCCCCUCAAUACGCUUCUCCUCCACAACCGCCGCCGAGACAACGACGACGAGCUCACCAAAGACCACAGCGAGACCAUACAUCGUCAGCCUCACCCCCUCGAACCAAUUCCCCGUCUACGCGCGCACAAAGGCCGCCGGCUCGUCCAAAUUCACCAUUGUCAAGAAGAUUGAGGGAAACAAGAAGGCGUUUGCACAGGACCUCGCCCGCGAGGCUGGCUUCGCCGAGGCGGAGGUCAAGCUGAACCCCAUCACAGGACACGUUCAGGUCAAGGGCUUCCACGUCGAAAAGGUCAAGGAGUGGCUGACCACCGCGUUGGGGAACCCUGCAAAGACGGUAUAGAUUUCGGGCAAUGCGGUGUGCGGUUCGGUCCCCGGCGAGGCCGAGUUGUAAAAUCAGAAAUUGUAUCAUACCAAUAGGAGCAAAGACGGUCAAUUGGCUGGUGCUCUAUGCUGAGGGC